CGGGAAGAGCAAGCGUCACGUGACGGCUGCGUAGUAGCCGCUAAGCUUCCGGUGUCGCGGCAGAAGCUGAGAAAGUGGAGCGCUUUCUUCUUAUUUAGCCGCGAUAAUAGCUCUCUAAACGCGUUUGACCUGACGCAUCAGGAUGCCGGGCAAAACGUGUCACCAGUUCAAACCAGGAGACCUUGUGUUCGGCAAAAUGAAGGGUUUCCCUCACUGGCCUGCCAGGGUCUGUAAGUCAGAUGAUGCACACAAGAAGCGAGUUCCUGUCUUCUUUUUUGGGACUCAUCAGAUAGGUCACCUCCUUCCAGAAAACAUUGUUCCGUACUCGGGGAACAAGAUGAAGUACGGCAGUGGCGUUCGCAUCAAAGGCUUCUCUGAGGGGAUGUGGGAGAUCCAGAACACUCCUGGAGUUGGGAGUAAAUCCAAAGUUGCAGCCAACAUGCCAUCAAAAACCACACCUGCAAAAUCAACUGCUGCUUCUAAAACAACUUUACCCGAUAAAACAUCUUCUGCCAGAAGUACACCCUCCAAACGUACUUCGGCUGCUAAAGCAACUUCAGGUGUCAGAACUACACGUGCAAAUCUAAAUGUGGAUGUUAACAGCACUCCAGCGAAACCAGAGUGUGAUGCUGAAACUUCAGCUGUGGAAGCAACUUCAAAGACUGAAAAUCUUCCUGCUGUGAGCACAGUGGAUCUAAUGGAAUGCAUGGUCAAAUGUGUCCCACCUCAGACGAGUCUUAGUGUUAGCUCUGCAAAGAGCCAGAAAGAAUCCAAUUUGAGCAAAGUUGACGAUUCGCCAAGAUCCUCAUCCAGAUCAGCUACACAAACCCCAACAGAUGACUUUCCACAGGAAGACUCCAGUCCAAAUGAUGGCACGACUGCAGAGGGACAGAGACGAGGGCGGCCAAGUAAAGCCUCUAAAGAGAAGAGCAACGAGAUGACACAGGCUGCAGAAAUCCAGACCCCACCAAGCGGUGCACAUGUGACUGCAGGGUGUGCCGCAAGCAUGGUGCACUGCAUGGUCAAAUGUAAGAAGAGUCACAGUCAUACAGGUCCUGCAACCAACCACAAAGAAGACACUGCCAGUGAGACAGCGAGCACUUUGACAAGAAGUACCAGAGCGACUAAAAAUCUAAGAAGAUCUUCAUCCCGUUCAACUGCACAAUCACCAACAGAAGACCUUCAGAUUCCCCAGAAGCCCUCCGUGCCAAAAGAUGACGCCGCUGGAGAGGGACGGACACGAGGCCGGCCAUCUAAAGUUUCUGGGGUGAAGCAGAGCGAGGACACUGCCGGACCACUCAUCUCACACAUUGACCCUCAAUCCCACAAUGUGUCUGCUUUUUUGCCCAAAACAUACGACCACAUGACCCAAACUGCUCCCAUGCUUACUCACAAAAGCAGCAGCAGCAGCAGCAUGGAUGGACAGGAGGAGAAGGAGCCAGAGGGUGAAAAUAAGCUACUAGAAAAGAUGCCAGAGGAGGACACGAUUGAGAAGAUACAGCCAGGGGAAGAGACACAGCAGAUGAAGGAGGCAGAAGAGUCAACAAUGAGAGGACUUAAGAAGAAGAGAAAAAAUGAGGAUGAGGGGAAUAAGGAGCUGGAGGAGGAAAAUAAACAACUAGAGGAGAACCGGCAGCUGGACGAGGAAAAGAAGGAGCUGUCAGAAGAGUCGACAACAAGAAGAGGAGUUGAGAGAAAGAGAAAUAAAGAUGAGGAGAAAAAGCAACUGGAGGAGGAACAGAAGGAGCUGGAGGACAAGUCAACAGCAAGCAGAGGAGUUAAGAUGAAGAGAAAAGAGCAGAAGAAGGAGCCAGAGGAGAAAAGAAAAACAGCGAGAGGAGGACUUAAUAGGAAGAGAAAAAAUGAGGAUGAAGGGAAUAAUGAGCUGGAGGAGGAAAAGAAGCAACUAGAGGAGAACCAGCAGCUGGAGGAGGAAAAGAAGGAGCUGUCAGAAGUGUCAACAACAACAACAAGAAGAGGAGUUGCGAGGAAGAGAAAUGAGGAUGAGGAGAUGGAAAAGAAGAAAAAGUUGGUGGAGGAAAAGAAGCAACUAGAGAGGAUGCCAGAGGAGGAGCAGAAGGCGACGUGGCUAUGGGAAGAGACACAGAAGGAGUUUGAGGAGGAGUCGGCAAUGACUAGACGAUUAGAGAGGAAGGUGGAGGAAGAGAAGAAUAAGCAACUAGAGGAGGAGCUGGAGAACAAGUCAACAGCAAGCAGAGGGGUUAAGAAAAAGAGAAAAGAGGAGAAGGAGCCAGAGGAGAAAAGGAAGCAAGUAGAGGAGGAGCAGAAGGAAUUGGAGGGAAUGUCAUCAAAAAGCAGAGGAGUAACGAAGAAGACUGAGGACGAGGACAAGAAGCAUCUGAAAAAGGAACAGGAGCUCGAGGAGAAGUCAACAGCAGGCAGAGAAGUAAAGAUGAAGAGAAAAGAGGAAAAGAAAAAGGAGGCAGAAGAGGAAUGGAGGCAAGUAGAUGAAAAGCAGAAGGAACUAGGGGAGGAUUCAACAGCGAACAGACUUCAGGGGAAGAGAAAGGAGAAGACAAAGACGGAGCAAAGGAAACAAGUAGAGGAACAGCAGGAGUUUGAGGAGAAGACACAGCCAGGGGAGAAGGAGGAGCAGAAGGCGCUGACACAGGACUCAACAACGAGAAGAGGAAUUGAGAGGAAGAGAAAAGAGGCGGAGAACCAGCAGGAAGGAAGUGUGGAAGGAAAGACAGAGGAGCCGAUGACUGCCGAGAAGCAAAGCAAGAGGAGGAGAAGUGAGGAAGGUGGCAGCAAGAGGAGGAAGAGAGAAAAGGAGGCAGCAGAGGAGAGCCAAAAAGAUGAGAGGAAAAAGAGGAAGGAGGAUGCAACAGAGGAAAGGAGAGGAGCCAGAAAGAGGUCAAGAAAAGAGAAGGACACAAAGGGAGGAGAGAUGCAUGAGGAGAAAGGCAGCACAAAAAAAGAACGACAUGUGGAUGAGGAGCGACAGCGGCAUCUGGCGGCCAAGAGGGAGAGCGUGCUGACAUCUCUCAGAGGUCUUCUGAAGGAAAGCACUACCAAUAGCAUCACAAAGUCCACAAGCAGAGCCAAGAAGGCAGCCAGAAGCCACAAGAUGCUCAAAGAGCCCAGCGUGGGGAGGAAAGGUGUGAAAGCACGAGGAAGCCAACUGCUUGUGAAGGAAGCAAAGAAAGGCCAUGAAGAAACUCUGUCAAAGAAGUUGGCCAGCCACAGUGAUGGUGGAAAAAUCAGAGAGAAGACGCAGACAGAUGAAAGAAAAUUGAUUGGAAAAAUUGUGAAAGCGACGACAAAGGUUCAAGUAAAGACCAUGAUGGGUGGCGCUACACUGCUGGAGGAGCAGAAGAAGAAGACGCCGAAGGCUGACGACACCAAGACGCAAAAAAGCUCAGAGGAGGGCGGAAAGCCUGAGCGACUGGCGACAGAUGACAAGGGCGCAAAGAACAGCGGCAACCAGGGAGUGAAGAGCAAACUGCGUGAUGAACUUGAGGACAACCAGGAAGACAGGAAGAAAGGCGCUGACAAGAUUGCCGUUAGCGAAAAGGAUGGCAACGCAGCAGCAAAGCUUGACAAGCAGCAAAGUGGUGGGAGAAGUCGUAAACAAACCACACCUGCCGCCGCCAUGCAGAGUGGCCUGUCCAGCGGGGAGGAGGCGGAGCAUAACCAUCAGCAGCAGCAGAAGAACUCCAACUUGACGCUGAUUGAUUCAACACUGCACAGAAUCCACGGAGACAUCCGCAUUUCUCUCAAGAGCGACAACCCAGAUGUCAGCAAGUGUCUGGCAGCGUUGGAUCAGCUCAGUGGCAUCUAUGUGACAUCUGAACACGUCCAGAGACACAGUGAGCUUGUGUCCACUUUGAGGAAGAUGCGUUUCUACCGCGCCAGCCAGGACAUCAUGGAUAAGGCGGCCAUGCUCUACAACCGCUUCAAAAACGCCUUCCUCCUAGGCGAGGACCAAGAGGUGGUCAGUGCCGCUUUCCUGCGCUCGCUGCUGGAGGAGAAGGAGCACGAGAAGGCAGUGCACUGUCAUGGGGGGGCCGAUGGCUGUGACGGGGCAGGGCUUGAACAGAAGAGGGUGGGAGGUGAGGAACAGGAGUUGCAGAGAAAGACACCUUCAGUGGACUGAACAAACUGUCUUUUCCUCUUUGACUGACACCUCAGCUCAGGGACCGCCGCCAACAGGCAGACAAACAUCUUGUCAUCAUUUUUCAUUUUGUACAGUGAGAUUUUAUUCUUGAUUUGACUUGAAUGUGUUUUUAUUCUUUUUUCUUUUUUUUUAAUAAAAGAACUAGUGACUUGA